AUGACUCCAUCGGCAUUGUCUGAAGAGCCAGAGAUGUACGCAUCGACUAUCGCCGAGAUGGCCCUUGACAGGAAGUUCUUCCCCUCCCACAAGUUCAUCAUCAGCUGCGGCACCGUCACGGUCGAUACGCGCGGGAAGCGCGUGCUCCUAGUCUACAACAAGCGCCACCGCAUCUACCAACUUCCCAAGGGCCGCAAAAACAUUGGUGAGGACCUACUCGCGGCAGCCCUGCGCGAGACCCUAGAAGAGACGGCCGUCGCGGCAAGGCCGGUCACCUUGCGACUCCGAACGAGGGCCACGCCCGUGAGCAGGCCGCCGGGCGCACCGGAGGUAUCGGAAGAGCUUGUCGACACGGAGCCCGUGGCUGUGUGCCACUACCCGGACCCGGCCUCUGGCGCGAUGAAGAUGGUGUUUUAUUUUGUGGCGGAGAGGAACUUUGACGUUACGCCAGACGGAGGUACCAGCGAGGACCGCGCCAAGUUUGAUGUCGUCUGGGUCGACGCCGCUAAGGCGGCUGAUAAGUUGGCGUUCAAGGAAGAUGGAAUGGUUGUCGAGAAGGCUCUGGACGAUCUAAGGACAUCUGGGUACGACGUUUAG